AUGUCGUCCCAUUUAAAUUGGAUGAUAAUCCGCAAUAACAGCGCCUUCAUAGUGAAGAAACGUAACAUCAAAAAGCCGUUUAGUAAGGAGCCGAACAAUGUAACUAACCUCAACUCCUACAGAUAUAAUGGUUUGAUUCACAAAAAAGCAGUCAGCGUGGUUGAGAAUCCUGAUAGGAAAGGUUUCACAGUGGUAUAUAAAAAGGCGAAGGCGACCAAUAAACCAUCGAAAAACAUUGUGCGUCGUCCAUUCAAAGCUGGUGCAAGACGAUCUCUGUUCAAGGUAAAAAGACUGUUGAAAGCCAACAACUACCGUACUGACUUGACUACAGCCACACUUCGUCGUGCUUCAGCCAUCCUACGCUCACAAAGACCGAUUAAAGCGAAGAAGGCUAAAGCAGCUGCUGCUAAAAGUGAA